ACAUCUGUGAAACUGUGAAGAUAGAGAGACUAGUUGAUAUAUUUACGCCUCUCUUCAGCAAAACCCUAAACCCCUUUGUUUUUCCUUGUCACUUCUACACUAAGUGCAACAAUGGCGACUGCUGCUUUGGACUCUGAAACUUCGGCCAAAGUCAUCAGACAGGUUGAGUUCUACUUCAGUGAUAGUAAUCUUCCCAGAGAUGGGUUUCUUUCGAAAACUGUUAGCGAAAGCCAAGAUGGUUUUGUUAGCUUGGCUUUGAUUUGCUCAUUCUCUAGGAUGAGAAGUCAUUUGGGUCUGGGAGAUGUAAAGGAAGAAGAUGUAUCUGAAGACACAGUGAAGGCUGUUGCUGAAACAUUAAGGAGUUCUUCUUUUCUUAAGAUUUCUGAAGAUGGUAAGAGAGUUGGCAGGACAAUUGAAUUACCAAAGCCAGAGGAGAUUAUUGAACAAUUAGAUGCUAAGACAAUUGCUGCAUCUCCGUUGGAGUACAACGUAAAGCGUGAAGAUGUGGAAUCCUACUUUUCUCAGCUCGCCAAGGUUAAUAGUGUGAGGUUGCCUCGUCAUGUUUCAGACAGCAGGCAGCUCUGUGGCACUGCUCUGGUUGAGUUCUCAACCGAGGAAGAAGCCACAGACAUUUUGAAGCAGAGUCUGGUAUAUGCAGGCGCCAAAUUGGAACUUAUACCAAAGAAAGAAUUUGAUAUGGAGCGAGAAAAGCUAGAAGAAGCUGAAAGUUCUCGUCCGAAAAACGACUUGAAUCGUAAAAAAAAUCCUAAUGAAGGAAAUUAUCCCAAAGGCUUAAUCGUUGCAUUUACACUGAAGAGCAAGUUGAGUGGUGAUUCUGCAGUAAAUGGUGGACCUAGUGAACCAGCAAGUGAGAGUGACCUUUCUAAGGUAAAUGCAGAACAAGAUUCAUUUAAAGCUGAGCCUGAGCAGACUGACGAGAAAUCCAAAGAUGUUAAAGUCAAGGAAGAAAGCACUGAAGAGAAUGUUUUGACCAAGAGUGAAGAUAUAUGUGAAGAACCACCGCUGGAAGUUGAUCAAACUGAACAUGGAAAGGAAUCUAUUGAAAUUCCUAUUCAAAAAGAGGAAGCUAAAGCAGGGGCAGAGGGCAACUCAGCUGCUACAAUUUACAAGGACAACAAGGAUGUUGUUCUGCGCGAAGAUCUUAAAAAGGUCUUUCAAAAGUUUGGCUUUGUUAAGUUCAUUGAUUUCACAAUGGGAGCUGAGUCGGGAUACAUCAGGUUCGAAGAAGCAGAAGCAGCGCAGAAAGCGCGUGCGGCUGCCGUACUUUCUGAAGAAGGUGGUUUGAUGGUGAAAAACUAUAUUGCUACAUUAGAUCCUGUAACUGGCGAGGCUGAAAAAACGUACUGGGAUUUACUUCGGGGUAAUCAGGAGAAAUACAAGGAUAGGAUGGACAAUCGUGGAAGGGGUGGAAAGUCCAAUAGAGGCGGGAGACAAUCAUAUGGAAAACACUCACGUACAAGGGAUAGUGACUAUUCGAAUCGCCCAAACAAAGCACAGAAAGUCUGAGCAAACUUGACUCGGCAGUAGUCAACUGUUCAAGUGCCAGUGUUGCCCGACACAUCACAGUUUUGUCCAAUAGUCACCUGGUUUCCUUAGAGAUCGGCUUUACUUUAUGCAGAAAGGCUUCGGAAAUGUCCCCUAGUGUACCCUGUUAGCAAACUAAAUGUGUUAAGAAAAUUAUAAAUUUGAAUUAGAUAUGAGUGCUAAGAACAUUGCAUUCCUUUUCUUUUAGCUCAAAAUAUUGCAAGUUUGGUUUAUGGAAGUAUUGCUAGUUUAUA